ACACAUUUGUCGUUUUAUUGGCUGUUGAAUCCCCCAAAACCCUUUCACCAGUAUUUUUCAUCGCUCUGUCUCACUUCUCAUCCGUGCCUCUCCUACUAUCAGGUCCUAGGGCCCUGCACUGCACUGUACUGUAUUGCAUUGUCCUUUCCUGCUUUCUCCUCCUACUUCAUCUCCGGCACCACCCCAAAAAUCGAAUGCAUCCCCACCACCGCCAUCAUCAUAAUAUCAGAACCCAACCCAUUUAACCCAUUACACUGCCCUUAAACCCCCCACUAACCCAAAAAAUCUCAUUUUGAAACUAAACACUAAGCAAACUAAGAGAGCCAGCUCCAUUUUCAUGGAUUCCUUCUUCAGCUCCUCCUUCACUCUCUUUCUCAACCUUGUUUUCUUACUUUUCACUUCCAGAGGUGCUUUAGGAGCUACUUUCACAUUCGUGAAUAGAUGUGAGACCACGGUGUGGCCUGGGAUUCUAGCAAAUGCAGGCAGUCCUAACCUUGACAGCACCGGCUUCGAGCUUCCCAAAGACACCUCCCGUUCGUUCCAAUCCCCGACCGGUUGGUCGGGCCGUUUCUGGGCGCGUACGGGUUGUAACUUUGACGACUCCGGAUCCGGGUCGUGUCUCACCGGCGACUGCGGUUCCGGCCAGGUCGAAUGCAAUGGUGCCGGAGCCACUCCGCCGGCUACGCUCGCUGAGUUCACUCUUGGAACCGGCGGGCAGGAUUUCUAUGACGUUAGCCUCGUCGACGGCUACAAUCUUCCGAUGCUCGUUGAAGGGACUGGCGGGAUGGGUACGUGCGCGUCCACGGGUUGCUCCGCGGAUUUGAACCAGCAAUGUCCGUCGGAGCUGAGGGUCGGUGACGGUGACGCGUGUAAGAGCGCGUGCGAGGCGUUUGGGACCCCCGAGUACUGUUGCAGCGGCGCGUAUGGUUCACCGACGACUUGCAGGCCGUCUGUUUACUCGGAGAUGUUCAAGGCCGCCUGUCCAAGAUCGUAUAGCUACGCCUACGACGAUGCAACCAGCACAUUUACUUGCACUGGAGCAGACUAUACGGUGACGUUUUGUCCAUCCUCUCCAAGUCAGAAAUCUUCAAGAGAUUCUACACCGAUGACAGGAGGUUCGAGUACAACCCCAUCACAAGGAACAGUUCCUGGCUCUGGGUCCGGAUACGUAUCCGGGUCAGGGACAGAUCCCGGGUUAACAUAUCCGGGUACUGAUUCAGGGUCUUCGGGUUCCGGAUCCGGUGAAACCAUGUUGGCAGAUGGGUCAUGGUUAGCUGGUUUAGCCAUGGGAGAUUCGUCACCAAGUGCAGUUUCUCCAUCUACUCUAAAAUCUGCAUUCAUAGCUUUGGCAGCUUUCUCUGUCACUUUCAUUCUCUCAUGUAGUAUUAACUUGUAGCUAAAACUCUGAUCUUUCCCGCUUUUGGUUUUUGGUUUUUUCUUUUUUCUUUUUUUUCUUUUUUUAUCUUCUUUUGUUUGUUUAAUUAAUGUGAAUUCUUCUUCAGGUUUGCAGACUUAAUAUUUUGGUUACAGGAAGUUUUGCCCAUUGGCCAAGGCCAGGAAAAAAGAAAAGCUGACACAUUCACCAUCCAGAUUGUAAAACAUCCAUUUCAAGAUUCUCCCCAAAAAAAAAAAAAAAAUUAUUCCUGUAACAUAUUUAUAAAAAGAAAACAAAAAAAAAGGAGUCCUUAUUUUCCUUUUGGGUUUUGAGAAUAUUAAGUGCCCUUUACUUUCCCUCUCUCUCUCAAGCUUUUUUUUCAAGGCUCUUCUGCCAAUGCAGUGCUAAAGAGAAACAAAUCAAAGAUUCAUAAAUCAUAACCAUUCUUUUAUUUUAUCUAUAUAUAUAUAUAUUGGGUU